UUCUUAACCUGUUUCGUUCAAAUGCAAGAUCUUAAAAAAUUUCUCGUAGAGCUCCCAAGUCUUAAUGGCUAUAGGGAUGACAGAACUCUUAAACGAGCCGUGUUUCAAGCACUUUAUUUUGCAGCUACAGAGGAAGGCAAACAUUUGGAUCUGCUCUUCAAGGCCAUUGACCUUCAAUUUAAUUUUGACCCUUGGCGGAUAAGUGACAACGAUGAAAAGCCAUUUUACGAAUAUGUCGUAUCAGAGAAUUACACUCAUCCAUCAAAUCAAGUUUGUGGACGAACUCUACAAUCCAAUGAAAAAGUUUACAGAUGCGCUGAUUGUGGGUAUGAUGAUACGUGUGUAAUGUGCUCGUUCUGCUUCAAAAGAGAAUUCCACGAGGGACACAAUGUUUCUGUGUACUUGUCUCAAGCCAAUGGAGGAAUGUGCGACUGUGGAGAUGAUACUGCUUUCGUAAGACCACUUGACUGUGCAUGUCUGUCGUCUGACGAGGCUCCUCAGAUCUCGCCACAAUUCAAAUCAGCAUUGCGGGCAACAAUCGAGACUGUACUUGAUUACGUAUUGGACGUCACAAAUUAUUCCAUCAAUACAUUGCCCUUCAUUCAUCAGAACAUAAAUGGGCAGGGUGAAUUGGAACUUACUACGAAAGAUAUAUCUAACGCUGGCUCGCUUUCUAAAGACAUGUACGGAGUGGAUGACGUGAACUCAGAAGACAAAUGGUAUUUGAUUUUGUGGAACGACGAAAAUCAUGACUAUCCUGAGGCGGAGACGGGAAUUAGAGCGGCAACUGGAAUGGAUGAUCGAAAAGCAAAAUAUACAGCUAAUGAAAUCAAUCGAAAAGGAAGAGCUAUUUUGAGAGAAUCUAAAGAUUAUACCGAUCUUCUCGAAAGCCAGAAUUUGGCUCAAGCUGACGGUCUAGUCGCGACAAUUUCAAGCGCUAGAGAUUUUAUUAGAGAGUCCAUCAUCUUUCAGAUUUUUAAUUGGCUUGAAGAGAUCAUUUCUUUCGAAGGAAACACCGGCUUCAGAGAAGCUUCAAAGCACAUUUUGGCCCAGGUUCUUCUAGAACCCGGGUUUGAGUUCUCAAAGCCAAUGACAUUUGAAUUCUUAAAGAGUGUUUCUUCUGAUCUCGAAGGACCUUGUUCAAUGAACGGGAUUCCUCUUGAGGGUGAUUUUUUAAACCCAUUUAAUGUGUCCAUUGAUUGUGAAGCAAAGCUUGAAUCACUAUCAGACUCGGUAAAAAGAAUCAUAAUUCCAAACGAUGGCUCUGGGAUAGUGAAGUCAAGAAUUUUGUAUCUUCUAGCAUUUGAAGUCCGUUUUGUGUCUGUCAUAAGAAAAAGAUUUACAAACUCCAUCAUUCCUGUUCUUUUCAUUGACCCAUCGAUCAAAGAAUCUUUUUGCGACCAAUACGUUAACGCAUAUCCGAUGUUAAUGUCCAUCUUGGCUUUCUCGGAUCGGGAAGAGGAACUCGCUUCUGCUAGUGAGAUUUCUGUUCAACUCUUCACCUGUCCUCGAACAAAUAAAUGGAUUUUUAAGUCUGGGAAUCUUCUGAAGCUUCUAUAUCCAUUGUGUCAGUUGAUUGAAGACGAGUCGUCACUGAAAAACACGGAUGGAUUUCCGAAUCUAGUUGAUAUUGUUUUCGACAUAAGAAGUAAGAGAGAAAAGUCAGCUAUUCAUAACACCAUAAAAACUUGCAUUGAAAACGUCACCCGAGUCGUCACAAAAAAUGAUGAAGUCAACCAAUUGAAUUACUUUCUAGCUCGCGAAACAUUACCAUUGUUCUUGACUUUCCUCAGGCUUUUUCAAGGUCUCUCCCCUGUGGUGCGGAAAUAUGGUGAUCAUGUGGAAAGAGAGUCAAUCACUGAAUUUUACUCUUUCAUUCUGAAAGCUGUCCCUGUUUCAAGUAUAGUAUAUCACGCGACAAGAGUGGUUGACUUGAACUUAGUCUCAGCGAAGAAAGCCACUGUACCAAUAUUCAGAUAUUUGGAAUCUCGGACGUCUCUUUCGGGUACUUCUUCGUUUAGAGUCAGUAGGGACCCAGUAUCCCCCUUCAAUCCCCUCAAUUCAUUUAUAUCCUUUGUGUUACAAGAAACUGGUGUUGAUGCUAUUCAAGAAUUUUUGUGUGACUCAAAGAAUGAUUUCAAUUCGAUUUCUGACUUCUCACUUCGAAAUAUUGUUCUUGUCAGUCAAGUGAAAAUUGGCCUUUGGAUAAGAAAUGGAAUAAGUGUGGCGAGACAGGUCUGCUAUUUAUUGGAUUCUCUGGCAGAUGUGAAUUACUCGCGUGAUGUGCAUCUAAAUCAAAUUGCAGCCAUAGUGGACCAACCUGAAGAAACCAUGAUGCAUUUCAUCGAUAGAUGGGAAUUAGCCGAGUGGUUUCUUGGAAAGGUUGAGUUUGACCAAACUGUAUAUGAGCAAAAAUUCAGCUUCAUAUGUGAGAAGCUUACUCUGUUUUUGUACAAGUUACUUGUUGAUCGUCUGAACCUUGACAGACUGGUGACAGAUGUACCAAAAGAUGAUUUCAUUUCAAAGUCAAUAUGCUAUGCGCUUUGCGAAGAGCCUCAAUCAUAUUCUAAAUUGAAGAAGCUGUUGCCUCUUUAUAUCUCAAAGAGUGAAAAUUUUGAUCGCAUUUUGAGAGAAUGUGCUGAUUAUCAGCCCCCUGUGGGCUUAUAUGACGUUGGGCUUUAUCGCUUGAGAUCUUCGCUCUACCAAACAUUGGAUCCGAUGGGACAAGUUGAUGGAGAAAAUUCGCAGUCUAUCUUUGAAGCAUUGUUUGCUAAUGCUUCAAAGCACAACAAUUGUGAGAGCAAAGAGACAAUUCUUGUGCCUCAAAUUUCUUCCAGCUCUAGCAAUUUUGUCAAUAUCAAAAUUGGGGCAAUUUUCAGGACUAAAACUUUUGCCAAAUUAAUGUACAAAUUACUCCAGCUCGCAAUAAGUACUGGCGAUGAAGAGUAUCUACCUCAUCUUCUUCAUUUGCUUCAUGCGAUAAUUUUGGACUGUGAACAAAUCUUUGGUGCUGAUCAUCUUGAAAAAAACCUUGUGGCUAUUCCUAUUUGCAACCUCUUACUAACAAUUGCUGAGUCAACAAUGUCUAAACCAGUGACUCAAAAAGCUGACUUUUUACUCAAACAAUUUGUUUGCAGGAAUGGGAACGUAAUGGAAUCACUAGUUGACUGCUUUGGGGAAGCGCACAUUGAUUCAUACCGACUCCGGGAGGAAAACUUAUCGGAUACGAAGAGACAGAAAUCCACGAAGCUUGCUCAAAAUCGCAAAGCAAAAAUCAUGAAGAAAUUUGCAAAGCAAAGAGAAAAAUUCUUGAAAGGAAAUGAUAUGUUCAAAGACGAGGAAACACAAGUACACAUGGGCUCUCAGGUACCCAUUCUUCGAAAUUGUGUAUAUUGUGGAGAAGCUGAAAGUAUUGAAAAGCCUUUCGGGAUUCCAAGUGUGACAAGCGCAGCAUCAAUAUUCUGGGGGGUCUCGCUGCAAGACCCAGAGCUCGUCGACCUCGCAUUUUCUGACUAUUCCAAGACUUUGUCAUUGGAGGAAAAUGGUGUUUACUCGAAAGGAUUUCCAAAAAAUCUCAGAAGCACUUCUGAUGUAAGUUCUUCGUGCGGCCACGGCAUACAUAUUGACUGCCAAAAUAGGACUCGCAUACUGGACACAUUUCUUAUUCCUUGCUCGUUGUGUCAUAAUUUUUACGAUGAUGUUAUUCCCAGUUAUCUUCAUUAUCCUGACUUUUUUGAUCCUUCCAUCUUAACUGGGAAACCUCUUGUUUCAGAUUCUGAAACACUUGUCCGAAGCUUCAACGAACACCGCAAUAGACAAAUUUUGCAUUCAGUUGUUCUGAGUGGUUAUUUUGAAAACGAUGGCAGCUUUCGUGGUGAGCUUACUACAGUUCUUUGUUCAGCCUUCAAAAUUUCAGACCAGAAAACCUCAUUAACAUUCGAGGAUAAAAAUAUUGACGCACUAGAAAGAAUUGAAACUCUCAUUGCGAACACUAUCAAAGCCAAUGAAAUCUCGAUGAGAGUUGAUGAGGAUGAUGUGCAACAAUUAUUCAUGAAAGAGACUCCAGCUUCAUUAGAAAGUUUAAUACGGUCGUUGAUUCAAUCGCGUGUUGUUUUGUUCGAAACACAGAAGUCAUUCGUCAGAGAGAUAUAUAAACGUGAUAAAUCACGUGACACCGUUGCAAAAGAUCAUGACAAUGGUAUCUUCAAGGAAGUUGUGUCAUUACUAUUUUCAUCAAACGAAUCUUUGCAAACCAUUAUUCGCUACGGAUUCGCAAAGUUGAUCGCACAGACCUCCAUCACGCUUUGUGCUGAAUUUGAUACUUUCUUGCUGCGUGCUCAACUCGUAUCAGACUGUGCAUUGCAUACCGAAUUAAUUGACUCUGCAGCCUCAUAUUGUGAUAACUUUCUCGGUUCUCUUAAUAUUGAUUUCUCCUCAAAAAGCUCCUCCUAUUUCGGAAAUUUCUUUCUCGCAUUGGAAAGAUGUGUUUUGCCCUUUUUAAGGCAAUGCGCCAUAUUGGUGGACAUUCUUCUUUCCAAAAAAUCUGUUGAGUCUAAUUACAUAUCGAAUGCCAGGCUCAAAGCUCUAAAUGAAUUUUGUGAGCCGCAAAAUUACAGAUACUCUUCAAGCCCACUUUGUUUGUUGUUAAAACUUCCCAAACUUGUUGACAUUUUGAGUAUAUCACGGCUUGACAAUGAUUUGCAUUUCGAGUCCAAGAUAUUACAGACCCAUAUCAAAAAUUGGAAAGGCUUCGCAACGAAUUCUUUGAGAACUCUUGAAUACCCUAAUGUUCCCAGACUCAUCAACUUGCCAAAUGACUUCAAUACCACAAUCACUGAUCCCCGACACAUUUUGCCGUCCGAUAUGAUUUGCCUACUUUGUGGAAAAAAAGUUUUGUCGUGGCUCAAAUCUAGUCAUCAUAGGGAGUGUUCUCCGUUAAGUUUGUUGUUCUGCCCCGAGGAAAACUCAAUCACCACAGUUUUGAAAUUGGGACAUGAACCCUUUGAAAUAAAAAUUCCUGGGCCCUACAUGACUGCUCACGGAGAGGUCAAAGAACCAAGUCUGAAGGAAAGAGCCACGCUUAAUCGCUUGCGUUAUUCGAACCUCAAUAAAAUUUGGAUCAAUCAGGAAUUGUUUGGUUUUGCGACUAGAACCAUGUAUGGAGAGAGAUUAAGACCUUUGGAGGACCUACAAGCGGAAACCCUUGAAGAAGAAAGCUUUGAAGAUUUUGAAUUCUGGGAAUGAACUAAUUU